AUGAGUGACCCCUCGGGUUCGUCGUCUUGGCCACCUCAACGCUCCCAACCUGGUCAGGAUGGGUCGAGUCUGACCCCCGCGACGUCGUUCCAGUCGUCGUUCUCGUCGUUCAAUCUGCGCCAAGCACCUCACCGCACCGCCAUGCACCAGAGUACGAGUACGACUAGCCAAUUCAACAUGGCUUCAACGUCGAAUCUAUUUGAUGGAUCGAUGAAUUCCGCUUCAAUGGACCCAGCCGGGAUGGAAUCUACGCCGUCGAUCGCGUUCCCGUCGACGUGCACCCCGCCAUUCCCGGGUGGUGCCAAUCCAGGUGCAAGCUCGGGCUCAGCCGGCGGCGGCUCAAGUGGCGCUCCGCCUACACCUUGGACCUCGCCCGGCUCCAUCUCGGCCUCCCCUGCUCGUCGACCCUCCAUCGCCGGUGGGCUAUCCUCCACCGCCCAGGGGUCAGUCCCAAUUUCGAACCCUCACUUUCGCAAGAACUCGACCUUGGGAUCGUGCGAACCCAUCUACGCGAGGGCCUCGGGUCCGAACUCGCCUUCCCCUUCCGACGAGUCGGUUUUCGCCGAUGAUGACGACGACAACGGUGCUGCCGUGCUAGGAGGGAUGGAAUCUGAUCUCGACACAGCGGGAGGAGGGAUGCGACAUCCACAAUCGUCGUCCCGAGGUGACGAUUCCCCCGCCGAUAGUCCCAUGAUGAUAGGGUCCCCUUCCCUCAAUGCGAUUCGCGAAACAUCGACCGAGGACUCGAUCCCGAAUUUCAAUCGACCCAAUUUUCAACGCGCGAACGCCCCUACAGGAUCACCCCAUGUCCGAUCGAGAACCCCUCCCCUCCCUUCCUCGGUGAAACAUAUCCCUCCUUCCCCCGCGGCGAUCGCGAAAGCCUUGUCUGGGCAGACCGAACGAAAGACCCCUCCUCCCUUCCUCCAACGAAGACUCUUUGGCGAGGAUCUCAACCAGAUGAUCAUUGAAGGGUCGAGGGGUUCAAGUUCGGAUGGAGAGGCCUCGAUGCCGGGCGUAACGAAUGAGAUGAAGUUACCGACGGGUCCGUCGAAUGAGUUGAACCUCAUAUUCAAACCUCAUGAUUCGAGGAGUGGGAGUGGGAGUGGGGAGGAAGGGAAUACGGCGAGAGCCGGGGUCGUGAGGAGAGCGGUUUCGAGGAAACCGAACCUGUUGGUCAGUUCUCAAUACCAAUUCUCGUUCCUGAAGGAGUAAUCUGCUGACGCUGCCCAUCUAUCCUUGUCCACCCCCGCAGCCAAAAUCGAAAUCCCAUUUGCGCGUCUUGUCCGAACUCCGCUCCGAAACCGGUCCCGCCGAUCUAGCCGAAGUGCUCUCCGAAGCCGCACUCCACCGUCUCUCCAGGUCUGGAGCCUCUCCCAUAGCCGGAUCACGUUCCUCCAUAUCCUCCCUCAACGCAAGCUCCUUCCCUCUCCCUUCAACCGAAUCCGCCACUUCAACAGGUGGUCUCGCGAAUCGAUUCCCCGAACAGAUCGACGAUGUCGACGGCGCGCCAUCCCCACCCAGUUCGGAUGGGGAUGACUUAGCCCUUGAUGAAGCGGGUUCGGACUGGGGUGGCACGAUGUCUUUGGGUGGGUACGAGACGGAGGGGGAGGAAUCGGAACAACGUGCAAAGGCGAAUUUAUGGACCGGGUUCAGAAACGGGAACUCGAAUAAUCCUGUUACUUCGGCGCAUAGCGCUUCGUCGGGGAGUAACAAUGGAGGGGGACUUGGAGGGGCAGCUUUGGUGACUACGCAUAGCGGGAAGAGUCCGGGAAGUGGGGGGCUGGGGGAGAAGAAAUCGAUGGAGAUGGAGGCACCGCAAACGCCGAAUUGGCAGUCGUCCGCUAGGCCGGGCAAGCGGAAACGUAAGCUAUCCUCGAUUCGAACAGCGUUCGUCAACGUCGGAUGCUGAUCGCUUACUCGUAACAGUGAACGACGAUCGUUUUGAGCCCUAUGCCAUCGCGUUCAAACGCCGCGCCGUAUCCCCCGCUGCCUUAUCCCUCUCCCCCUCCGUCGCCUCGCCUCUCCUCUCCUUCACCUCCUCCACAACAGGUCUCCCCGGUUCAACCUCUUCAAGCCAUAUCUCCAUCUCUACCCCACCGGCCCUCGCUUCCUCCUCCGCCACUUUCCCAGCCGGUUCGUUACCGAUUUCCAUACCUUCGCCCACACUAGGCCCAACACAUAUGUCUUAUUUCGGAACAAGGAGUCGAGCCGCUUCCCCCGUGCCAAGCUCUUUAUCUUCUAGUGCGGGCAGAGGAGCAGGUACAGGGACGGCCGCGGGUGGGUUCUUGAGCUUUGUGGGGAGAUUGGAGAGGGAGGAGAGGAAUGGGGGGGAGAAGAUGGGGGAUGAGAUUGGUCGCAUGUCGUUGGGAUGA